AUGGGAGGAUUCGACGUCUACUGUGUCGUCUGUGGCAGUGCCAUGUACAGAGAGGUUGUCCAAGAUGAAGGAUAUGAUCAGGCCAUCACCAAUACAGAAGACACUGCUUGGGUGGGAAAUACCGUGGUAAUCAGCGAGAACCCCGAUGCUCGGGCAGCUUCAAAAGUCUUCAUAUCCGGCCAGGCGAAUGUACAAGAUUGCGGUUACUUUGACUUCGUCUCUGGAGAAGAUCCGGACCCGAAUUUCCCCGAUGGUCCUACGUGUUGGCAGGUGUAUGAACGAGAUGGAGAGAAUCCCUAUGCCGUUCCUAUCCAUACAUCGUGCCUUGAGUUAUUCAAAAAAGUGCUUCAGCCAAAGGAUCUCGAUAAAGAAAUCCUCUACGAGAUACUGAAAUGUCUCGGGCCGGAGCCUAUUCUACCAAUCGACUAUGGUGCAGUAACCGAAGGCCAGGACCAGUAUUGGGUCACUAUGGAGGGGAUGGAAGAGUUCGUCAUCGAUCCAGAGAUUGUACCUCGCCUGCGCCAGUAUUAUUCGGAGUUUCCGGCAGCAGAUAAGUCGGGCUUGGCUAGACCCGGCCUGCCAUCUCGGCAGACUUCAAGCCACGACCCUUUCAAAAGGGUGCCGCCAGAAGUCAUGUUGUUCAUUUUUCAACAUCUGGAUUGGCAUUCCAUCAAUCAGUUCAGGGCGUCUUCGCGACAAGCGGCGCAAUUGGAAUUGUCUAAUAGAUACUGGAGUUCUCGCCUCUAUCAGGAUAUGCCGUGGCUCUAUGACAUUCCCUUGGAGAUGUGGAAGGGGAAAUUCCAGUUUCCGGAUGAUCUUGACUGGACAAAGAUAUACAGAGACCUAUAUCUGUCUAGCGAUACAGAGAGCAAGGCCAAAAUUCAUGGCCUAGUCAAUCGGCGGCGGAUUUGGGGCAUCUGUCAACAAAUCGCUGAUUUCUACAAUGAAAGAGACUUGGGGCUCAAAAAUGGUACUAUUACAGAAGUUAUGCAGGAGGUACAAUCGACACCCCUGAAACAGCUUGUUUAUCCUGAUCCAAUGAUUAUCACAAAGAGGCAGACCUUCAUCAUAUCUUGGUAUGCAGAUAUGGAACACAGCACACCGGCGCUUUCAAUACAUUGGACCCAAAAAGGAGAAUUGGCCAAGUUGGAUACUAUAGAACCCGAAUCGGAGGGGCCAUCCCCCCUUCGAGAUGAUAUCUGCAUCCCCGAGGGCGACUGGAUUACCGGUUUCAUUGUCUAUUCAGUGGACGCGGAGAGAGAACACAGGAAGGAUGCCGUUCGCUACUUUACUUGCGGACUCGAAAUUCUUUUUGCCAAACGAGACAGUAUCAAGCUUCGCAAAACAGCCAACAGCAAUCAACGCCUGUUGCUUGUAUCGCCCAACCAUUUCCUUGUGGGUUUCGCUGCUCACAUGUCCGAGGACGGUUUGAUUGCCAAAUUGGCCCUGCUAGAACAACCAAAAGCAAAGAUGCCCUUCAGGUCCGAAUAUCGAGUCGUUGAACACCAUGCCAGACUUGAAGACAAUGCAGCAAAGCAUCUCUGGAGUGGGGAUCUGCCAUCACCGACACUUGGAUUCAAGGGCUUGUGGCGCGGUUAUUGGUCGGCUUCAAAAAUGAAUGACGAGAACCUUCCACUGGAAGCGCUCGUCUUUGGCGACUGCGAAAGCGAAUUAUGUGAUAUAACAUCGAUUGGCGCCGAUGUUCAUUUUGGACGAUUCGAGGUUCACUAUGGCAAUCGUGCCCCAAGAGCUAUUGGCCCGAGGGGAUAUGCAAUGCAGUACAUUGACAUUGACGGCCACGGUGGAGAGCGGGUGAUUCAUGUCUAUUGGUCUGUUUCACACAUUCCUACAGGUUGUCGGCUCGUUACCAAUCGCGGUAGGCAGCUCAUUGUUGGGCAACCGUCCGAUGAUGAAAGAGCUUUUAGAAGUCAUGAACAAGGUGAUGGCAAUAACCGCACCCUGGCUGGCAUUGUUGGGUACUGGUCCAAUCGGUUGCUACCACAAGCAAACCUGAGUGCUGUCGGUGUAUUGGUUUGCCAUGACGUGCAUGUACAAUCCCAUCAGCGACCACACCGGGACACGAACAACUUCUUCUGGACACCCGAGCAACCUCCAAAUGGCAUUAUUGAGGCGGGCCCAAUAUGGGGCCAGCGUGAAGUCUACGAUCAGUGGCAGCGCCGCCACAAGAAAUACCCUUCAUCCAAGACGGUGGUAUCCUGGCUAGAUUGCCAGCAGCCUGUAGAUGAGGUGAGGGUCACAUUGUGCCAUUCGACCCGGACACGACAACUACCCCUGGCCGCAAUCACCUUGGUGCAAGACAACGUCGCAACAGAACCAUGGCCGAGAACAAUUGGGGCUGAGAGGUUUUCACAGCCUUCCGAUACCACUGGUACCAAGGGGCACCAUUGGUGUUGGUGUGCUCUUGGCAGUAGGCAAGACACCGAGUUGGAAACGAGGCCGCAUCAUGUCCACGAAAUCUGGCCGGUUGGGGGCCAGAAACUCAAGUCGAUGAGGGUCUGGCUCAACGAAAACGAAGGAAUCACGGGCUUCCAACUCGUUGCUAUGGACGACACAGAGAGUCCUGCCUGGGGUCAUUGCGAAGAGACGCCUUCGGCCGAGAUUGGUUUCGUUGCUGGUAGCGGCCCAGGCGCCGCGGAAACACCUGCAGUGGGGGUCAAGUUCUUCUUGGACAACAACGAGCGCCAGGUCACCCGCGAUGAUAUCAUUGUGACUGCUGUCCAGGCUUUGGUAAAAACUUGA